AUGCGUGGCUGGCAGCUAGGUAGGAAAGGUGCGGUUUGUUUGGCUAAGGUGAGGAUGGAGAUGGAGGUGGGUUUUGAAUGGUGGGAGUGUACAGGUCUGUUGUUGGUGGUCUUGGGGAUGGUUUGGGAUGAACAUGGUGUAGAUGGUCUUGGGGUUUUGGAGAAGGAUAAAACAGGGGUUCUUUAUGGGGAGGCUAGUGAAGGAAGAAGGACAAUAGCAAGGGCUGUUACGGUAGUGGGUUGUAAAGGUUUCUGUGGCCACUGUGUUGACAGUGGCUAA